AUGGUAGUACAGGGACCACAAUGGUACUUACUAAGUAUCUUGCCCACGCCUACCACUAUUAAUACCCAUUUCCUGCCCCCAGCGCUGCCCGUGGACGUGUACCAGAUGUGGGUACAGUACCCGUGGCCGUGGGGGGACGUGGCCUGCCGUAUGAGAGCCGUGGUACCAGAGACAUUGGCGUACGUGUCCGUGCUGACCAUCCUGGCAGUGUCAGGGGAGAGAUAUGUGGCCAUCACGGACCCCGUGUACGCCCGCACCACGCACACCCUAGCACGGACCGCCCGUGUCCUCCCUGUCAUCUGGUUCAUCUCCCUGCUAGCAUCAUCUCCCUGGGGGUACUAUAACCAGGUGAACUUGUUGACGAGUCCUUCUGGCUACGACCUCCCUCAGAGCGCCUGGUGCGCCAUCCCUUACAACGACACGUCCACCCGCUGGUCGUGGCUUAUGUUCGUGUCGUCCGUGGGGGCUUUCAUCCUCCCCAUGACCGUCCUAAUCUUCCUCUACUGCAAGAUAGGUAUGGUGCUGUCCAUCGACCCUCCCAGCAGGACUCCAUCAGCAGGUACUGGAGCCAUCCACACCCGGAAGGUCGGCAUCAGGAUGCUGGUAGCCGUGGUGAUGGCGUUCUUCCUGUGCUGGGCCCCUUUCCACGCCCAGAGAUUACUCUUUGUCAUAGUCACCAGCUACGGCAACUGGAGCGCUUACCUUAGAUCCGUCAACUCUAAACUCUACUACUGCACUGGAAUCUGCUACUACCUAAACUCAGCAGUCAACCCCAUAUUGUACUCCGUCAUGUCCAUAAGGUUCCGCAUCGCCUUCAGACGGUCUCUGUGCGGAGGCAAAGAAUGGGCGAGACGUCAGCUCUAUCUCUCCACCACACACGCCCAUCUCCACCUCUCCAACAACUCCAACAUCCUCAACAGGACCAGGGAGCUCUCCACCACCUCCACCAGGAGGGUCGUCGACACCUGCAACAGGAAUGGCAUUAACUACGUCUUCGAACAGAUGGAAAUAGAAUCUUGAUGCAAAAACGGGUUCUCACCUAAACAGAAUUUUAAAGAUAACUUCAAAAAUCAAUGGUGAAUUGAUAGCCUCUCCGUCUAAAUGAUUUUGAAAAGUCGGGUCCAAGUGGGAGAGCAUUUCUGGAGAAAGUUAAAGUAUAAACUGAUAGAAAUAGAAUCAUGGGUUGUCACCUAAGCAGGAUUUUGAAAAAAAUUCCAUAGAUAAUGUUCGUUAGAAGCUCUGGUGAACUAAUAGUUUCUCCCUUUAAAUGGUUUUGAAUUAGAUAUUUUGCAGGAUUUGUCGGUGAAGGUUUUAAAGUAUAUGGGACCUGAGGUCACCAUCUUCACGCCAGAGACUUUCCAGAGUAUAAUAGAAAUUAUAAUGUUAAAUAUUCU